AGGAACGGAAAUCGGUUUGCGUAACCACUACCACCGAUUCAUUCAUUUCAUUCUAAUCAAUUUUCCACUCCCACCGCACUACCUCCCUACAAUUUCUCUCCUCUCCAUAUCUCCUCCUAUAAUUCUCCAUCUUCUUCUUCUUCUUCUUCCUCAUCUGUUUCUUCCUCCUCGGUUAAACCCUCCCCAUCCUCCUCCUCCUCCCCCUCCCCCUCCCCCUCCCUCUUUCUAUUUCUUCGUCUUUUCAAGGUAUUCUAUUUUCUUCCUCCCAAUUAUUCCCAUAAAUCUGUGCGGAUUCUUAUAUGCCAGGAUCUGGACAUCAUAUCUCGUACUCUUGACUUCUUCUUCAGGUAACCUCUAUCCGUGCCUUUUACUUUCUGUUUGCAUCCUUCUUCAACUCCUGCCUCUUCCUGUUCCUAAUCAAAUUUCUGGCUCAUCAUCUCAUCUCCACCUUUUUCUUUCUCAGAUUGCUACAUCAUCCCUUCCUUUCUUACAUAAUCUUCUUUUCAUCUUCAUUAUGCAAUUCCGGUCAAACUUGUUCAUCAAUCUCCCUUUCUUUUCUGAUUUAGACAACCACGCGCUUCAGAUACACUCAACUUUAUGCAUCUUCCCAUUCCAUGCUUGUAUGCCUAUCCCUGUUGAUGUUCUUCUCACUAUCUGGAUGUGGGUUUUAGAUACAACUCCUGGGAUUUUCUUCUGCUCUGAUGUCCUUCCAGUGUCAUGUCUCAAAUUCGUGCUUGCACUGAAUUUGAUGUUUAUGUUUGACUUUCUGCUAUCGAUAUUUCUAAGGAAACCAUGAUGAUGGGCAGUGAACCCUCCGUACUAUCGGUAUUUUAAACUUCACAUCAUCUGAAGUUCAUCACUUCUGUUCUGGAGAAAAUGUUGGGUGGCGACAAUGGCAAUGCCAUGCUUCCCGUUUUCCUAGAUGAAAAUCGAACUCAAUAUCAAACUAAUGCUUCUGGUCAGCUGCAGUUAUUUGGAAAUCUGCCCGUAAGCUGUGGAAUUGAGCCUGUAAAUUAUUUUGGAAACGAGCAAAUGGCUCAUAUGCUUCGCCCUAACAAAAGAAGUAGGGAAAUAGAAGAUUUCUCAAGACAGCAGAAGCUUCAGAUUUCCUUAGAUUAUAAUGCUUGUCAAGAUGAUGCUGAUCGUCCAGCAAGCAUUAUAAACCCAAAUGCUGUAUCAACAGGUUUAAGGCUAUCGUAUGAUGAUGAUGAGCACAACUCCUCUGUUACCACUGCAAGUGGAAGCAUGACAGCUGCACCUUCUAUCAUAUUUUCUCUUGGUGAUAAUCUCAGGAUCGAGAUUGAUAGACAAAAGGAAGAACUGGAUCAAUAUAUUAAAAUUCAGGAAGAACAUUUGGCAAAGGGCAUUAGGGAGAUGAAGCAAAGACAUAUGGCUUCAUUUGUUAAUGCGAUCGAGAAAGGCAUUGGAAAGAAACUACAUGAAAAGGAUGUAGAAAUUGAGAACAUGAACUGUAAAAAUAGGGAACUAGUGGAGAGAAUAAAGCAGGUUGGCACUGAAGCCCAGAAUUGGCAGUGCAGAGCGAAGUACAAUGAAUCAGUCGUAAACGUCCUGAAAAGCAACCUUCAGCACGUUAUCUCACAGGGUGCGGACCAAGCGAAGGAAGGAUUUGGAGACAGUGAAGUGGAUGAUGCUGCUUCACACAUUGAUUCAAACAAUUACCUUAGUGUUCCAGGUGGAACUAUGAGAUCCUCAACCAGGAAUUUAGCAGGUUUCAAGGAGCGCAUGAUCUGCAGAGCAUGCAAGGAAAAAGAGGUUUCCAUCCUACUCAUGCCUUGUAGACAUUUAUGUUUGUGCAAAGAUUGCAAUGGACUUGCAAGUGUCUGUCCUGUCUGUCAGUUGAUCAAAACGGCUGGUAUCCAAGUGUACUUGUCCUAAAUUAUAAUCUUACCAAAGAGGAAAAGAAAAUCUUUUAUCCUUGUGUAUGUGUGAUAUAUACCUGCAUUUUCCCC